AUGAGCACAGAUACCGUCAGAGCUGCGAUUUCACAGGCUCGGCCAGUGUCCUCCAACAGUGACCAUGACCCACUUCCAUUCUGGCAACCCAGUAACAUGGGCUCUUCUCAAUUGAUUUCACAGGCUCGACCAGUGUCCUCCAACAGUGACCAUGACCCACUUCCAUUCUGGCAACCCAGUAACAUGGACUCUUCUCAAUGGAUUUCACAGGCUCGACCAGUGUCCUCUAACAGUGACCAUGGCCCACAUCCAAUCUGGCAACCCAGUAAUAUGGACUCUUCUCAAUCGAUAUCACAGGCCCGACCAGUAUCCUCUAACAGUAUCCAUAGCCCUGUUACAGCCUGGCAACCUAGCUGUAUAGACUCUUCUCAAUGCAUGACAUCAAAUUUGAGUCUAGAAUUGUCCAGCUCAGAGACAGAAUGUCAUCAAAGACCAACUUACACUGAAUUAACAACAGUUAGAAGGAGGCCAGGCGAGGUGGAGGCACGGCAUCCAACUCCAUUGUCCGAUGCAGGGCUGGACUUUUCUGAGCAAUCAAGACACCGCCUUCCUAAUACCCACCAACUCAUCCCAACUAAUUGCACUGCGGUUGAAAGGCUUGUCCUGGAGCAACUUGGGGAACUUCACCUCAAGGUGGAUCAUUUAACUGCAACUGUACAGUCACUCUGUCAAAACAGGGCUCAAAAUCAACAACCCCAAAGCAGUGACUAUGACCACUUACUUCCCAUUUCCACUUUGGAAGAGCUGAACCGCUUUGAUGAGAAACUUCGGCAAGAUAUUGAUUUUAAGAAACAUGUGAUUGCAAAGCUGUCCAUAACUGGGGGGAACUCUGUUAAAAAAACAGUGUGGCGAGUGUGCAGGAAAGUAUUUUCUCCAGAACUUGCCACCCAGUUAAAUUGGUGCGGGAGAGGACAGAAGACUGGCAUCAAGUCGCGACCAGUGCAUGAAAUUCUACAGUUGUCGGUUUCUAAGAAUGGUGCCCUGCCACACAUCACAGAGGCAGAGAUUGAAACGGCAAUCCAAAACUGGCUCAGGCUUAGCCAAGAUAGACUUGGAGGGCGGAGGAGGCAAAGACCGGAGCGUUAAAGGCUGCCAGAAAGAAUCUGUCUCUGCCAUCUCUACUGUGGGGCUACAUUGUC